AAAUCCCUACGCGCAAUAACUGAAUGUACUUAGGGCCAGUAUUAUAAUGUCUAGUUGACCGGAGGUUGAAUGUCAAACUCGACUCAAACCGCACUUUACGUAUUAUAAACGAUAACCGAAGGUUGAACCGCGGGUUGAGCGCUCGUUCAGUCAACUCGAACCUAUCCUCAGGUUGAACUGUCAACCGAAGGUUUAAAGCGGCAUUCUAACCUCAAAUAACGAAAUUGUGAUUAGUGUGUUUAUGUUUAUGAAGUUACAAAAUUAUUUGUCAAAAAAUGGCAUCUCCAUCAUCAUCACCAGAAACUGAAUUAAAUUUGCAUAGCAGACUAGUUUGGGCAGAUAGUAGUAACGAAUCAGCAAGAAUGGAUCAUUUCACCCGUUGGAGCGACGAGGAAUUUCGAAUCAGAUUUAGAUUAAGCAAGGAUACGGUCGUAAUGCUAGAGCAAAGAUUUCGGAAUGAGAUAGCACCGAAAACUAACCGGUAAUUAUACAAAAUGUAAAUUGCAUGAAAUGACAAGUAUGUUUUAAAUUUGUUGUUUUUAGGAACUGUGCGAUAACAUCAAUGCAAC